AUGGCAUCCUCGUCGAUCUCAAAAACCAACGAGUCAUCGACGAAACCACAAGACCGCGCACCUCAGCACAAUCAAUCAUCAAGGUUUUGGCAACUGCUUGCCGAAUAUCCUAAGAUUACACGUCCCGAUGGUGAACCCAAACAAAUUUCACAUACAACGCAACAUCACGUCAAGACAACCCCUGGCGUUAAAGUCAGCAGUGCUUGGCGAUUAGGUCCCAAACGACUAAAAAUCGCGAAAGCUGAAUUUCAAGAGGUGAUCAACCUGAGUGGUGCAAGACCAUCCUACAUCUGGCGCCCAAUUAGAGUGACGAAUGGCGCCCAUGCGGCUAUUAACGUCGUCUCAACAAACGUACCAUACCAGAUCGGUACCCAGUUCAAUGAAGAUUUCACUGCUAAUUAUCACAGUAUAUCUUGCUAUUCAACCAUCGCUGAAGAAGACGUCCACAAAACGGCUGCAAUCACACCGUUUGGUCUCUUCAAGUUUCCAUUUAUGACUUUCGAACUCCGAAACGUAGCUCAGACCUUUCAACGCUUCAUCGAUGAAUUAACCCGAAAUCUACCUUUCGUUUUUGCAUACAUCGAUGAUCUACUGGUCGCAUCUGCUAACGAAGCAGAGCACAAACAAAAUUUGCGUAUCGUCUUUCAACGCUUUCGACACUAUGGCUUAGUCAUCAGCACAACAAAAACAUGA